GACAUCAACAGCAACAGAAGAAGAUACACGUGAACGAGGAAGAAAAGGGCUUUUGUUUUAAUAACAAAAUUAAAAUUUUGUUGUAAUAAACACAUGAAGUGACGGAUGAGAGCAGAUAUAAUCAUCACAGAGUGUGAAGCUGAAGACAGAAACAUCAGACUCAGAACAGAAACACACGACCUCUAAAAAAUGGAGCAAACUCUAUAUUUCAUUCUUCUUCUCGUUGCUCUCUGCUCCGUAUCUGAAUGUGUUCAGCGUCAGUAUCACUUUAUAAAUGAGAACAAGACCUGGACUGAAGCUCAGAGAUACUGCAGAGAGAAUUACACAGAUCUGGCCACCGCUGACAACAUGAACGACAUGAACGAGCUGAUGAAGAGUGUGAUUGAUGAACGUUUCUGGAUUGGGCUGCAGAGAAAAUGGCAGUGGUCUUCAGGUGAACCUGCUCUCUAUCUGAACUGGUCUACUGGACAACCUGAUGGUAAAGAUAAGUGCGCUGGGAUGUUAAAUGGAGAAUGGCAUGAUUUGGGAUGUAGUAAUAACUACCAAUUCAUCUGCAACAACACGAACACAAGACUCGUCUUUAUCAAUCAGAAGAUGAACUGGACAAACGCUCAGAGUUACUGCAGACAGAAUCACAUUGAUCUGGUCAGUGUGAGAAACCAGGAUGAGAAUGAGAAGGUUAAGAAGAUCAUUAGUGAUAAUAACUCAUCUAGAUCAUUUGUCUGGAUCGGUCUGUUCAGAGACUCAUGGCAGUGGUCAGAUCAGAGUAACUACUCUUUCAGAUACUGGAAAUCUGGUCAACCUGAUAAUGCUGGAGGUGAUGAAAACUGUACACAUGUUGUAAAGAGCGCUCAGGGACGAUGGAAUGACAUCUCUUGUAACAAUCAGUUUCCUUUUGUGUGUCAUGAAGGUGAUUUCUGCUUGUGCUCUGUUUGGUUUCCAGAUAAACUGAUUGUGAUCAGAGAGAAUCUGACGUGGUCUGAAGCUCUGAGAUACUGCAGACAGAAUCAUGUGGAUCUGGUCUCGGUUCAUUCACAAGAGAUGCAGCGUGAGGUGAUGAACGUGGGUCACCUGGCGUCUACUGCGGAGCUGUGGUUGGGUUUACGUCACUCCUGCACUGUGGGCAUCUGGUUCUGGGUGAGUGGAGAGACGGUGUGCUAUCAGAACUGGGCUCCAGGGAACGGCACAUCAGAGGAGGACUGUGAACACACAGUGAGAUCUGGAGCAGUUCAGUCUGGAGGAGAUCAGCGCUGGAUCAGCCGUCCUGAAACUGACAAACUCAACUUUAUCUGCAGCAGAUAUUAAGAGUGAAAGAAAACACAAACCUUCAUGUGAGGAAACAAGUGCUUGUGUGUUCACUUCCUUUAACUUCUUUUUCAGUCAUCACUUUGUUAAACAAUAUUUUUCAUAUAUAAUAACUUCAGUCUCAACAGGCUGUCGCACCAGAGGUGAAUCUCAAGCUCAGAUUAUUAUUUAUUUAUUUAUUUUGUUCAAAAAUAUUCUUCAGUCAACUGUAAAUUGACUAAAUUGUUCUGUCGAGGGUCUGUUUUCCAUCAGGUAGAUGAGUUUCUGUUGAUGUAUGAGUGUGAUUCUUCUGGGUUUAUUUGAUCCAUUUUAUGAGCCCUGAUGGCAAGAAUAGCUGUUAACAUGUUUUGCUUUUACAAACUAAUUCUAUCAUGUCUUUUUGUUAUUUACUUACUUCAAAACUAUGAGACGCUAAUCUGUUAACUGCAUUUUGUGAGGGGUCAAAGGGUAUAAUUUACUCAACAUUGGAUAUACAUUUACAAAGUUUCCUUCUAUUAUAUUAUAAGAUCAUUUAUGAAUUUUUAUAAGAUUUACAUUUAUGAUUUAAGGAUCUGAAUUUGCUGGUGUGAAUUUGAUUUAUCUUUUUUCUUUUAUUACAUUUGAUGUAUUAAUCAUGUCUUUAGAUUAGUAAUGACUGGUUGAAUGUGAGUUAGCAAACACAUGCCUUAACUCAAUGAAAUAUUGUUUAUUCUUAAAGGUGUGAAAAUCAUGUAUAAUAUAUCUACUAUCCUUUUGUACUAAACAUAAAAAACAUGUCAACAACAGCAGCUCAAAUAAAC